AUUGUUUCCUCCCACUGGAUCCCAGGCCUUCCGGAAAAAAACCAAAAAGCAGGGUGUGGAGGGACAGGGACCUUACAGCCUCCAGCCUGGCACCAGUGCAUAUCUUAUCAGCCAGCCUCUGCUUGGGCUCAGCAGCAGACCUGUCCGUGUGCACACGUCUUCUCUGGGCAGGUCCAACAGUUAUCAGCACUCCUUAUUGCCAGGACCCAUGAGCCAGGACAAACAGAGUAAGCAGGUACCGGAUUGCAGCGGACCAAUGUCCCCCAAAGCCAAGAAAUCCCCCAGGAUGCCCAAGUGCUCCCGCUGUAGAAAUCACGGAUACGUGUCUCCACUGAAGGGACACAAGCGCUUUUGCAACUGGAGGGACUGCCAGUGUCCCAAAUGCAAACUGAUCGCGGAGAGACAGAGAGUCAUGGCGGCCCAGGUUGCCCUGAGGAGGCAGCAGGCCCAAGAAGAAGAGCUUGGGAUGUGUAGUCCAGUGUCUCUGUCCGGUUCUGAGAUGAUGGUCAAGAAUGAAGUUGGAGCAGACUGCCUGUUCUCUGUGGAGGGACGGUCCCCGACACCUACCAGCCACCCCACCUCUGCUGUCACAGGGACCCGCUCAGCAUCGUCCCCCAGCCCAUCAGCCGCUGCCAGGGCUCAUACCGAGGGACCGUCUGACCUCCUGCUGGAAACCCCCUAUUACAAUUUCUACCAGCCUUCGCGCUACCCCACCUACUAUGGAAACCUUUACAACUACCCGCAGUACCAGCAGAUGCCUCAUGGCGAUGGCCGCCUGCCCAGCCACAACGUGUCGUCUCAGUACCGCAUGCACUCCUACUACCCAGCAGCCACCUACCUGACUCAGGGCCUGGGCUCCACCACCUGUGUGCCACCCUUCUUUAGCCUGGAUGACAGCAAUAACAGCUGCUCUGAGACCAUGGCAGCCUCCUUCUCGCCCGGCAGCAUCUCCGCUGGUCACGACUCCACCAUGAUCUGCCGCUCCAUCAGCUCCCUGGUUAACGUUGACGCCAAGGCUGAGUGCGAGGCCAGCAGCCAAGCUGACGGCUUCACCGUCGACUCCAUCGAAGGCGGCGCCACCAAAUAAGAGAAGAAAAGGAUAAGAUCACACGACAGAAGCUUUACGAGCUCGGACGAGCUGAAACUUGAUGUUCUUUAACAACCGUUUAAUCGUUCGCUCUAGUUUCACGUUGUCUGCACGUUGUCUGCACGUUUCCCUUCUAAAGCUCUGUUCUUGUAUUUGUAGAUCAUUUUAAAUCCAGUUCAGGGUUACGUAUCACAAUGUAAUUAACUGGCCAAUGCAGUGAGACCCUUGAUUAGCUUUAAUCAAGAUCAGAUGAUUGAGCGUGAAGCAACUCUUCCAAACAGAAAUAAAGUGGGUUUUUUAAAUGCA